AUGCUCAAAGAUGAUCUACAUCAUCCAACUCAAAGAAAUAAAAGUUUAUCCCCAAGAGAUCAAAUUAAAAUUUUUUUACAUUUUUUGGGAACUGCAUCAUUUUACCAUGUUGAGCGAGAUUGUCAUGGUGUUAGAAAAGACACCAGCAAUCGAGCAGUUCAUGCAGUUCUGGAUAAUUUGUUUUGUCAGCGAGAGAAAAUUAUUCAUUGGCCUGAUCUUGUUGACACCCUACCCAGUAAGUUUUACACUGUGGCACAGAUUCCAAGUGUAUGUGGUUGCAUUGAUGGAUGUCACAUACCAAUCAUCCCUCCAUCAAAAGAUAAAGAUGCAUUCCUCAAUCGCCACCAGUUUCAUUCAUUGAAUGUCCUUUGCGUUUGUGGACCAGAUUUGUACAUUUAUUAUGUUUAUGCUGAUGGCCCUGGGCGAUGGCAUGAUUCUAGGUAUAUUAAUAACCAUGACAACCAAUCCGCUCCCAAGCGUCGGUUCAAUGAUGCUUACCGAAAAACCAGAAAUGUUAUAGAGCGCUGUUUUGGGGUUCUGAAAAACAGAUUUUACUCUCUGCAAGUACCAAUUCGAUUUUCUAAAGUGGAAAAUGCUGCAAAACUCAUUGUGUGUGCUUGCAUGAUUCACAACAUGUGCCUUAAAGUUGGUGAUGAGGGAGAAGAACUUCCAGUUUUACCUGCCACACCCUUUCCUUUUCAAGCUAGAGAUGAAACUGAAGCUGAAAUUUAA